AUGGCAACCCAAGGUCCCCAGGCCCUCCCCCCGGUCACAGUGCAGAGCACACAGACCAUCAGCCAGUCUGCGGCGCAGGAAUUCCUAGCCGCCUACCUGGACCGCGCCGCGACAGACCCAUCGUUGCAACCCAACGCCAGCAUCAGCGAGCACGGCCCCGUCUCACGGACGACCGCCGCAGCGCCGAACCUGAUCCUGCACAACCUGAAGCGCGUGCAAGCGGGUCUAGCUGGCGAGCUCCUAGGUCGCGAUCUGACUGUCGCGAAGCAGAACCCCGGAGAGGACUAUUUGGAUGUUGCUGCCGGUAUUGUGCAGACCAACAAGCACGAUCAGCUGGACGAGAGCAAUGAUCUUGUCAUGAAUGACGCUGAGUUUGGCAUGGAAGCUGAGGCUUUUGCGCACCAGGAGGCUGGUAUUGAUAAGGAGGAGCGCAAGCGGAAGAAGAAGGAGAGACGGUUGGCGGAGAAGAAGGGUAAGGCCAAGGCCAAGGCUGAGGAAUCCGAUUGA